UCAAAUUCAAAAUUCAAAUUUCAAACUCCAAAAAGUUCCAAGCAAGCAAAACCCUCUGAAAAAUUCUCAGUUCUUACUCUAUUUUUGAACCAAUUUUCAAUGGGAAGGCUUAAUACGAAAAUAGACUAUGAAACACUCAGAAAUGCUCGCAUCUUAGAGAACCAGGCUCGAUUGGAAUCUUUAGGGUUACAAAAAACCAUUUCCGAGCUCCGAUCGCUUACUGCCGAGACCAAAAAGACCCAGAAGAAACAAUAUGUCAAACAAAUUUAUGAUUUCUCGAAUUUGCGCCGUUCAAAUCGUUUGAAGGAAAUCGCUGCAGACCCAUCAACACCGAAGCCUCUAUAUUGUUUUCGCCGAAGAAGACAAACUAUUGAGCCUAUUUUGCGGAUUACAUGGAAGGGAGAUGAUAGUGAUGACAGCGAAGACGAGAGCCCGAAGAGAGUGAAUAGGCGUGGAAAUGCUCCCGUGGUGAGAAUACAAGACGCGAAGGUUCAUGCUCUUUCGCCUGAGGCUUCAGCUAGGCGCUGUGAGAGCAAGGGCAGGGGCUCUAUUUAUGAUCCUGUUUAUGGGAUUUGCUGCCAUUUCUGCAGGCAAAAGAAACUAUGUGGUGAAGAAGACUGUAAGCGUUGUGGAAAUCUUGAUGUAGAUCAACCUUGCAUAGGAAAAACAGAUUGUUCAGUUUGCCAUUCCACAAAUGGUGUUCUUUGUCGUGCUUGUCUCAAGGUUCGGUAUGGUGAAGAAAUGGAGGAAGUAAGAGAGAAGAAGGAAUGGAUGUGCCCUCAUUGCAUAGAAGAAAAGGGAAUAAAUCCUUACUGGAUAUGUAAUAGCUCAUUCUGUCUGAAGAAGCGAAAAUUAGCUCCCACCGGCAUUGCAAUAUACAGAGCUCGAGAAAUGGGAUACGAAUCAGUAGCACAUUUGCUAAUGGAUGAGCUUCAAAGAAGAAAGAAAUUAAGAUCACAAUGAUAAGCUGAAGUAGCCAAAGUAGGAAUUGAUUUUGUUGAAGUAAAAAUAGCAUCUCAAUGUACUGGAGUUCCAACUCCUACUCCAUAGUAUGCUACUAUGCUUAUGUGAUCAGGAAAUGUAUAAAACUUUUUGUACAACUAGGUCCUUUAAUAUUUUAGUGGUUCCUUUUUACUUUUU